AUGAAGCAAAAGUCAAAAGCAAAAUGGAUUAAACUUGGGGAUUCUAACACAAAGUAUUUCUUUGCAGUUAUGCAAGAAAUAACACAAAUGAAACAAGUAUGUGAACUUAUGUCUCUAGAUGGGCACAAGCUUACUACUCCGGCUGACAUACAAAAAGAAAACAUUGAGUUUGAUAAGGGGUUAAUAGGAAGGGCAGCAACAUCGCUUCCUGCUAUGGAUAGAACAAUUAUGAAGAAAGGACUUGCACUCACACAACAUCAGAAAAUGGCUCUGUGUGCUCCUAUGACUGAUCAAAAAAUUAUAGAUAGACUACAUGCUAUUGAUAAUGAUAAGGCCCCUGGAAUUAAUGGCUUUAAUGCUUGCUUUUUCAAGAAGGCAUGGAUAGUGAUACACAUAGAUGUUAUUGCAUCAGUGAAAUAA